AUGUCGGCAGCUCUUGAUGACGAAGAUCUAUCAAUUUCCAUCUCCACUUCUUCUACAAGGAGAGGCUCGAAUAGGCCUGUAGAAGUACCCGAAGCACGGCCUUCUCACAAGAGACCAUCGGCGCAACAACGUAGCCAGCAUGGGGGUAAAGACAAGGCUACCCAGCGCCUUGGGCAAUACUCAAUCGUCAAGACUCUGGGCGAAGGUUCAUUCGGCAAAGUCAAGCUAGCGGUUCACCAGGUUAGCGGGCAACACGUUGCUCUUAAGAUCAUUUCGCGUAGGAAACUAGUUACAAGAGAUAUGGCGGGCAGAAUUGAACGCGAGAUCCAAUACCUUCAGCUACUUAGGCACCCCCAUAUCAUCAAGCUGUACACCGUCAUCACAACUGCAACCGAGAUUAUCAUGGUCCUUGAAUACGCCGGUGGAGAACUGUUUGACUACAUUGUGCAAAAUGGUCGGAUGUCUGAGGGCAAAGCACGCAAUUUCUUUCAGCAGAUCGUUUGCGCGGUCGAAUACUGCCACCGGCACAAGAUUGUACACCGAGAUCUGAAGCCAGAGAAUCUCCUCCUGGACGAAAAUUUGAACGUCAAGAUCGCAGACUUUGGUCUCAGCAAUAUUAUGACUGAUGGCAACUUCUUGAAAACAAGCUGCGGAAGUCCAAAUUAUGCUGCACCGGAGGUCAUCUCAGGUAAGUUGUACGCUGGGCCAGAAGUUGACGUUUGGAGCUGUGGAGUAAUUCUCUACGUGCUACUCGUCGGCCGACUUCCAUUUGACGAUGAGUAUAUUCCGACACUCUUCAAGAAGAUUGCUUCGGGAAACUACCAUGUUCCAAAUUAUGUGCCACACGACGCGAAGGUCCUUAUUGCGAAGAUGCUCGAAGUCAGUCCAGUACGUCGUAUCACAGUGCAAGAGAUACGCAUGGAUCCCUGGUUCAACAAAGAUCUAGCACCGUAUCUACAGCUUCCGGCGGAGGACUUUCUCGAUACGGGCAACGAUCCCAAUAAAGCUAUCGAUCCAAAUGAACUGACACGCUCCAAACCUCCGGCAGUGGUACAAAAAUUACACGAGACAGUCGUAGGCAAGCUUGGGAUGACAAUGGGCUAUGCGCAAUCCGAUGUGCACGAAGCUUUGUCGAAAGAUGAGCCAAGCGCGAUCAAGGAUGCGUACCUGAUCGUUCGUGAAAACCAGAUUAUGAAGGAGAACCCACUCUUGGCCAAGGAGCAACCUUCUUUUGCUCAGUCUCCGCCAAACUUUGAUUCAAAUAUGAUGUCGUCGCCAAUUGCAGCAGCGAUACAAGCAACCGCUCCACCAAAGAUGCUAACUCCCCAAGAUCAUCACGCGAGGCAGGGCUCGGCAUCAAGCUCCCAAGUCGCCAAUGAUGUCAGAAGCCCUGUAAAUACAAUUGGUGUCUUGCCAAGCAGUCUGCCAGGAUAUCACCUCGCUUACAUGAAAGGUGGACCCAGAGAUGAUGGGCCAUCGACCCAAACUGACACUCCUGGUCAACACGAGCAGACUCAGGCGGAAAAAGAUGCAACUGCGAGGAGCCUGAAGCCUCAUAAUCGCUCUCAGGUCAACCUUGACAAGCAGAAGAAGCCGGAUUCGAUGACACCGAUUCCGGCUAAGAAGCCCCGUGCCACAAAGUGGCAGUUUGGUAUCCGCAGCCGCAACGCCCCAGCCGAAGCUAUGCUCGCAAUAUACAAAUCACUCCGGAUCCUAGGCGCAGACUGGGAAUACCCUCGCAUCCGCAGGCCCGGUGGAAGCCGAAGCAGAUCAGGCUCUACUAGAUCCCGCAGUCGAUCAUGCUCACGAUCACGAUCCUAUUCACCUAAAUCUCGUGGCUCGUCUAGGGACGCAUCUCCUGGUGUCACUCGUGCCGACUCUCCUACUCGGGGGCGUGGCCGAGGACGUGGCCAGCAUGGCAAGCAUGAUGACUGGGGUUACGGAGUUCCUGAAGAUCCUUGGGUCAUUAACGCGCGAUUCAAAAAAAGCGACAUGUUUCCACCUGGUGUAUUGCAUCCGUCGUCAGCCCACUCAUCAAGGGUUGAUCUAUCAUCUGGUGCUGUAAACCGCCGUCGAAGCUCUGCUCUCGCCACUGGGAAUAAUGCUGAGCUUGGUGGGUAUGAGGCUCCAAGCUAUGCCGGUCCCAGUAGUAGUGCACGCAACAGCGUAGCAGGAAGUUCUUCGGGCGAAGCGGAUAGCGGACGUGUUUCAAAAGCCGAUGGCACGUACCCUGAUGCUGACGAGAGCGUGUAUGUGUACAUCACUAUUCAACUAUAUUCGAUCGAACGCGAGUUUUACGUCGUCGACUUCAAGUGCGCUGGCUACGAGCGUCUUGAGGUCAAGGUUCUCCGUGAGCUAAAAGAUGAAGCUCAGAGUGAGCGCUCUAAGGACGAUGGCGAGCAUAGCUGGCGAGUAAUCAGUAGUACUGAGGACAUCCCUGACCAGUUCGAAUUCCGCGAGAGAGAGGUUGAAGAAGGGGCAGGACGUGCUAGUGGAGAGAAGCGUGCGACAAGCCCGUUUCCGUUCUUGGACGUAGCCAGCCGCCUGAUCAUUCAGCUUGCGGAGGGCGAGUAG